AUGCGUUUAAAAUUUACAUUUCCAUCAACACUUCAACAUACUGAUCGUGUUGAUUGCGUUGGAUGGAUGUCAGCAGAUGAUUUGUAUUCAGUAGGAGAAGAUCAUAUUAUAUACAAAUAUAAUAUUAUACAAAAUGAAACGAUUAAAAUAGCUGAAUUAGCACAAGAUAUUUAUGCAUUAGAUAUGCAUUGGUUACCAAAAGGAGCAAGUGUUAGUAGUGGUGGACAAGGAUCAAGUACAAUUUCAGGUGGAAAACGUAUAAUUGGAUCAGAUCUUUUUGUUCUAACAACAAGCGAUGGUAAAUUUUGUUUUAUAAAUAAAACUGGACGAAUAGAAAAAAGUGUAGAAGCACAUCGUGGUGCAGCUAUUUGUGUUCGAUGGAGUCCAGAUGGCAGUCAAUUUGCAACAGGUGGAGAAGAUGGUCAAGUUCGAAUCUGGGCACGAUCAGGCAUGUUACGUUCGAAUCUUGUUCAAUUAGCAACACCUAUAUUUUGUGUAUGUUGGUCGGCUGAUAACGAUGCCGUACUUUAUUGUGCAGGAAAACAUCUUGUUAUAAAACCACUUUCACCUAAUUUAAAACAAAAUUCAUGGAAAGCACAUGAUCAAAUUAUUUUGAAAUGUGAUUGGAAUACAGUUAAUAAUUUAAUUAUAUCUGCUGGUGAAGAUUGUCGAUAUAAAGUGUGGGAUGCUGUCGGUCGACCAUUAUUUGCUAGUCAUACUUUUGAUUAUCCUAUUACAAGUCUUGCAUGGGCACCAGAUGGUUCAAAUUUUGCUGUGGGUUCUUAUAAUACAAUACGUUUAUGUGAUAGUGCUGGUUGGUGUCAUUCAGUAGAAAAACCUAAAGAUGGUAGUAUAUUUGGUUUAUCAUGGUCAAAUGAUAGUACACAAUUAGCAUGUGGUUGUGGUACAGGUCGAGUUGGAAUUGGACAUAUUAUUGAACGUCGUAUCGAUUGGCGUCAUUUAGAAUUUGUUUUAACUGAUUCAAAAGUAAUAACUGUAAGCAAUUGUGAAACAGAAUUAAAAGAUAAAAUAGAACUUAAAGAUCGUCUUGUUAAAAUGUCUGUUGGUUUUGGAUUUUUAAUUGUUUUAACAAGUAAUCAAGGUUUAAUUUAUAAUUGUAAACAAUUAGGUCAUCCGGCUCUCUUUGAUUUACGUGAUAUGUCAAUGAGUUUAAUUGUUCAAGCAGAAAAAUAUUUUCUUCUGUCGGAUGGAAUUAAUAUUUCUAUUUACUCAUAUGAAGGUCGUCUUGUUUCAACACCUAAAUUAAUAUCAUCGAAAUCUGAUUCAAUCAAUAUUAAUACUGUUUCGAUUAGUCCUGAUACUGUUGCUGUUCGUGAUGCUACAGAUACAAAAUCGAUUAUGCUGUAUGAUAUCAGUGGUAAACCGAUUGGUGAUGGAAAAUUAAUAUCUCAUGCUCAUGAAAUAAAUCAUUUAGCGCUUGACCAAAUGGGUUCAGCUAAUGAACGUAAACUUGCAUUUGCAGAUAAAUUUCAAGAUUUAUUUCUUAUGCAUGUUCGUGUAACGGGACAAACUCAACGAUUAAAUCAUCAACGAAUUCGAAAACUUUAUACUAAUAUUGGUAGCUUUCGAUGGAAUGAUCAAAAUGGUAUGUUAGCAGGUAUGGCUGAUGGUAAACUCAAUAUUUGGCUAUAUCCAAAUGUUGUUUUUAUUGAUCAAAGUUUAGUUGAUAAAACAACAUAUCGAAUUGAAACAAAUGAUUUUGGUAAAAAUCCAUCAAUCUCAGAUUUUCUUAGUUGUCAAAUAACAAUUCGUAAAUCAACAGGUGCACUGAUUCAAUGUGCAAUACCUAUUUAUUAUGAACUUUGUCUUGCUUUACUUGAUGCAAAUAGAGCUGAAGAAGCUUUACAAUUAUGUCAAUAUAUUUCUGAUAAUUCUAUUUAUGCAUUGAUUGCUGUUAUAUCAUUACAUAAUCGAGAUUUUGAUUCAGCAGAAAAUGCUUUUGCACAAUUAUCAAAUACUGAAAUGGUUUUUUGUUUACAAAAUCUACGUUCAAUUUCAUCAAAAGAAGAACGUGAAGCUGAACUUGCAUUACUUGCUGGUGGAAAUUUACAUGAAGCUGAAGGAUAUUAUUUACAAGGAAAUAAACCACUUCAUGCUAUUAUGUUACAUCUUAACGAACAUAACUGGGAUAGAGCAAUUGAUUUAACCCAACGACAUCCACAAUAUUUAGACAUAGUUGUAGGUUAUCGACAAAAAUAUUUAAAAAAUUAUGGUGGUGGUAAAAAAGAAACAAAUCAGAAAUAUAUACAAGCAAUGAAAACUGUUGAUAUUGACUGGAAUCGUAUUGAUGCAAAACUUCGAAAAGAACUUGGCGAAGAUAGUGUUCUUAGAAUUCUCGAAUAA